AACUCAGUUUCCGGACAGAUCGUCAAUGACGCUACAUUCAAAGCGUAUGAACAAUGGUGUUGUGUCUUGUAAAUAGAGCCUUCCAUAUUUCAUGAAUACAAUUCGAGGUGAACAAAGAAGAUGAGAGAAACAAUACAAAUGGAACCUAAACCUACCACCGAUUUAUAUUUAUCAAGAAUUGCUGAAUGGAAAGACAGAGAGUUACAACUCUCUCGUUUACACGAGGAAAUAGUAGGAAAGAGGGAGACUCAUUUAAACUAUAGUUUAGCAUACUCAAGGAACAAAUCAAUGAGACUUCAAAAUACAGAGCUGGUUGAUAUAGAGAAAGCACGUCAAAGGAAUGAAAAAUACUUGCAGGAUUUGAUGUUAACUGGGUUGAAUUUGAAAUUGGAUGGAGACAAACCACUCAGUCCGAGAUUGGCCACUCUUCAGUCUAAUUAUUGGGCCAUGGUGAAAAGCCUCAAACCUCUUUGGGAAGAAAAUCUACAAUUAGAUGACCACAGGACUCCUAGAACUGUUCUCUCUGAGACCCUCACUGCUCAGGACAAUAAAGCAGCGACAAUUCCUGGUAGUGCCCGAUCUCAGAAAUCUACAAUGGUCAACUUCAAAGCACCUGGAGAAAAAUCUGAACCAAAAAUUGUGAAACAAACUGUGAAAAAACCAGAGAGAAAGUCAAAGAAAAUGAAAAAAUGACUCCUUUACACAAUAAUGAAUUUUCCUAUUGUUCACAGGAAUUAUACAUGUGUUCAAGUUCCUAUACUAAAAGGAAAUCGUGAAAACUUUCCCUGUAAUGUAAACUCGAUGUAUACUUUUGAUGUAAAGUUAAGAGAGUAUCUCUGUUGUAUGUAAAGACCUUUGUACAUGUAUGUGAGAUUAAAUAUAAUUGUCUUCAUUUA